CCUGCGUCAGCGGGCAGGGGCGGGCUGGAGGCGGUGGUGCUGCCACGUCCCGGCUGCUGCUCGCGCCGUGGCGGCUGAGCAAGCGACUGUAGCGCGCGCGGGAGGUAGAGGAGGUGGGGCUGGCGCUGAAGCCGGAUCCGGAUCCAGUGCUGUAUACCCGGGUGGGUGAGAGUUCGACAAGGCCUGGAGAGGAGCGCCAACUGCGGCCCUCUACGGGAGCACCCCACAGCGGUCAGGAGCCACUUGAGGACAUGAUUCGGAUCCGAAGAACACCUCCUGGGCUGACUAAGUUGGGGUUUUCAAUGUGCGAAAGACCGACAUCCUUUGUCUCUUCCCGCGACUUCUACCCCUAGGAACACUGAACCUUACUGCAACGAUGAAACCUGAUGAAACUCCUCUCUUUGACCCAAGUCUACUCAAAGAAGUGGACUGGAGUCAGAAUACAGCUACAUUUUCUCCAGCCAUUUCCCCAACACAUCCUGGAGAAGGUUUGGUUUUGAGGCCUCUUUGUACUGCUGAUUUAAAUAGAGGUUUUUUUAAGGUACUAGGUCAGCUGACAGAGACUGGAGUUGUUAACCCGGAACAAUUUAUGAAAUCUUUUGAGCACAUGAAGAAAUCUGGGGACUAUUAUGUUACUGUUGUAGAAGAUGUGACUUUAGGACAGAUAGUUGCUACAGCAACUCUGAUAAUAGAACAUAAAUUCAUCCAUUCUUGUGCUAAGAGAGGAAGAGUAGAAGAUGUUGUUGUUAGUGAUGAAUGCAGAGGAAAGCAGCUUGGCAAAUUGUUAUUAUCAACCCUUACUUUGCUAAGCAAGAAACUGAACUGUUAUAAGAUUACCCUUGAAUGUCUACCACAAAAUGUUGGCUUCUACAAAAAGUUUGGAUAUACAGUAUCUGAAGAAAACUACAUGUGUAGGAGGUUUCUAAAGUAGAAAUCUUUUAAGAAAAGACAUUUGUUAAAGGAGCUAGUUCAACAAGGUUAUAUAUUCUCUUCCUGGGGUAUAAAAUAUUUUGUUGCUGCCAACUCAGUGACCUCCAUAAAUACUGGAUUGAGAAAAAUAUUGUAAUACACAAGUAUAAUGACAGAAGAUUACUUUGGGCUGGUGGGACAUGCUGUGAGUUUAGAUUACAAAUGCAUAUUAUAAAGGGGAUGAUUUUUAACCAAAGGAGUAUAUUUUUAACUUGAAUCUUUUCUUGCAUUGUAUUUUUCUAAAGUCUGGCUUCAUUUCUUAGUAGUCAGAGUAUAGGUAGUAAGGAGUUAUGUGUCUGCUAUCUGUACUGCUUGUUAAAAAUAACAUACAAUGAAUAAGGCUAUUUAUUAUCACAUUCAUAAAAUUAAUACUUUUGUUUCAAAGAAAUAUAUUUAAAUACCAAUUAGGGCUGUAUCAUUUCACAUAUACUACAUGAAAUUGGAUGUUAGAUAUAUUAUAACUAAUGUAGGACAGACCAACAUUUGUCAAUCUUAAUAUCAUACUGGCAAACAACCUGGUCAGCCUUUAAAAGAAGUAAAAUGAAAAUUAACAUAAAAAAUGUGACGAUUUAAAUGUACAUCUGAAAGCUGAUGUAAAUCUAGUGUAGCUAAAGUACCAUCUGUCUCGUACCAUGUGAAAUACAAUAAUUACUCAUUUGUUUAAAAUAUCCAAGAAGUACUUUUUAACAGUAAAUUAGUAAAUUCUGGCACAUUAUGUAUUUCUAACCUGAUUUCUCAUCUUCCCAUGGGUGUGUGAAGCCUCUCUUCUCAGUAACAUUUUUAUGAAGAAGAAAUUACAAAAUUGAGUGGAAUAUUUUAAAAUGUAUCAUACUACAUUUAUUACAUUCUAAAAAUGUUGAUGGAAGCUUUUCUAUUUAAUGUGAUUAUAAUGGUACUAUUAUUCUGGUCACUCCUGUUUGAUUUUAUUUAUUUUAAUUAUUUUUUAAGUUGAAAUAAGAAUUAGACACUUUAUUAAUGGUUCUAAUCUUUUGCAUUCCAUGUUACAUUAAACCUGUUCAUGUAAUAGUCUUUUGUUAGAACCCUAAUGUUGUCUGUGUUUUUCUUGAGUUGUCUAUUGAACUGCUCAAGUCAUGGUUCAUAAAAUUGUAGUUUUGUGUACUCUUUGUGAAAGGAGCUUAGAGGAGUUGCCUCAAGGCUCAGAGAGUUAAGGAUCCAGUGUUGUCACUACUGAGGCUGUGGUUACAGCUGUGACACAGGAUCAGUAACUGGCCCAGGGACCUUCUGUAUGCUGCAGACACAGCCAAAAACCAAAGCAAAAUAAAAUGGAACUUAGAAAGUAAA